CAGAUGUUGCAUCGGUAAGAUUUAUCAAAUCAAUCACUCAAAGUAAGUAAGUCUACUUACCCAGAUCGAUCGAGUGUCAUACAUACAUAUGCACAGAAGAAGAAGAUGAAGCUCCACUACUUCCAAAGCCAAUCACACCGAGCUGCCUUGGCCGGAAUUUUCCUCAUCCUUGUUCCCAAUUUUUUCCCCAAUCUCUUUCAUCCGCUAGGUCGUGCUUAUCCUUCUCUCUUUUCCGAAUGGAUUGCUCCGAGUGCCAAGCACAUUCGUCUAUUAGAGGGUGCGCUGCAUCAAGAAAUUUCGGAGAAACUGCAGUCGGAUCUAUGGUCUCCAUUGGUUUACCAAGGAUGGAAACCUUGUCGCGACUCUGCUGUCGUUCCAUUCAAUCCAGAGAAAUCUCGGGGAUAUAUUCAGGUGUUUCUUGAUGGAGGAUUGAACCAACAGAGAAUGGGGAUUUGUGAUGCAGUUGCUGUCGCUAAGAUCUUAAACGCAACGCUAGUAAUUCCACACCUUGAAGUAAAUCCUGUUUGGCAAGAUUCAAGUACUUUUACGGAUAUAUUUGAUGUUGAUCAUUUUAUGGAGGUGCUGCGCAACGAAAUCUCAAUAGUUAAAGAGCUUCCCAGCAUGUAUUCUUGGAGUACAAGGGAGUACUAUGCCACAGGCAUACGUGCUACUAGAAUCAAAACGGCCCCUCUUCAUGCUUCCGCUAAUUGGUAUCUCGAAAAUGUGCUGCCUAUGCUAGAUAGUCAUGGAAUUGUUGCUAUUGCCCCGUUCUCGCACCGUUUAGCUUUCGAUAACUUGCCGAAAGAGAUCCAGCUUCUAAGAUGUAAGGUUAACUUCCAAGCGUUAGCUUUUGUUCCUCAUAUAAAGCUACUAGGUGACAACCUGGUUCAACGCCUUAGAAGCUCUCCUAGUACAAACAAACGAACAAAGGAUGAAAGGGGAAGUGGAAAGUUUAUCGUUUUACAUCUUCGUUUCGACAAAGAUAUGGCUGCACAUUCAGCUUGUGAUUUUGGUGGUGGAAAAGCAGAGAAGUUGGCUCUUGCAAAAUACCGUCAAGUAAUUUGGCAGGGGCGUGUCAUGAAAACUCAGUUCAGUAAUGACGAGCUGAGAAAACAAGGACGUUGCCCGCUUACUCCUGAAGAGAUCGGGCUGCUAUUGAGAGCUUUGGGCUUCAACAACAAUACACGCCUCUAUCUCGCAUCCCACAAGGUUUAUGGUGGAGAAGCAAGGAUAUCUACACUGCGCAAGAUGUUUCCACUUAUGGAGGAUAAAAAAAGUCUUGCAUCCGACGAAGAACGGGCUCAAGUUGACAAAAAGGCAUCUUUAUUAGCUGCUGUUGAUUAUUAUGUCAGUAUGCACACCGACAUCUUCAUUUCUGCUUCUCCGGGCAAUAUGCACAAUGCAAUGCUAGGAUAUCGAGCAUACAGAAACAUGAAGACUAUAAAGCCAAACAUGGUGCUGUUGAGCCAGCUUUUUCUUAAUGAAAGCAUCGAGUGGGCCGAGUUUCAGCAGGCUGUAGAAAAUGGGCAUAAAAAUAGACAAGGUCAGAUUAGGUUGAGAAAAGAAACACAGUCCGUAUAUACGUAUCCGAUACCUGAUUGCAUGUGUCAACAAAAUUAAUUCUUCCUUCCUUCCUUCAUUUGUUUGUAUUUCUUUUUAAAUUUUAGAGUUAAAUGCCAUUUUAGUCCCUGUGGUUUGGGCCAUUUUGCCA